GUCUCUGCCGCGAUGUCGGAGACCGCUCCCGCCGCCGCUCCCGCUGUCGCGGCCCCCGCCGCCAAGGCGGCCGCCAAGAAGCCGAAGAAGGCGGCGGGCGGCGCCAAAGCCCGCAAGCCCGCGGGCCCCAGCGUCACCGAGCUGAUCACCAAGGCCGUGUCCGCCUCCAAGGAGCGCAAGGGGCUCUCCCUCGCCGCGCUCAAGAAGGCGCUGGCCGCCGGCGGCUACGACGUGGAGAAGAACAACAGCCGCAUCAAGCUGGGGCUCAAGAGCCUCGUCAGCAAGGGCACCCUGGUGCAGACCAAGGGCACCGGCGCCUCCGGCUCGUUCCGCCUCAGCAAGAAGCCGGGAGAGGCGAAGGAGAAGGCUCCUAGGAAGAGAACGCCCGCGGCCAAGCCCAAGAAACCGGCGGCGAAGAAGCCUGCCAGCGCAGCCAAAAAGCCCAAGAAGGCGGCGGCGAAGAAGAGCCCCAAGAAAGCCAAGAAGCCGGCGGCUGCUGCCACCAAGAAGGCGGCCAAGAGCCCGAAGAAGGUGACCAAGGCUGCCAAGCCCAAAAAGGCGGCGACUGCCAAGAGCCCGGCCAAGGCAAAGGCGGUGAAGCCCAAAGCUGCCAAAUCCAAGGCGGCCAAACCGAAGGCAGCCAAGGGAAAGAAGGCGGCGGCCAAGAAGUGAAGUAUUGAUGUGGAAAUACUUAAACCCAACGGCUCUUUUAAGAGCCACCCACCACUGUCCGAAAAAGAGCUGAGACACUCGGACAGUGAGCUCCAUGCCUGCAGCGAAGCUCUCGAUUCGCCAUUUUUUACUCGCGAUCAGAUGGGAUGCUCGCCUGCAGAAAUAGCAGGACUCUGAGCUGCGGAACGUGGUUAGCAUAGGGCUGGAAAAAAUAAAGUUUGCGCUCCCUGGAGAGAGGGGGGAGAAAGGAAAAAAAGCAACCUCUCUUCGGGCUGCCUUUGAGCAACGCAGGACAGAGGUGCGUGUGUUAAAGGGAUUGCUGGGGUGGGUAUCGCUCUGGGGCAUGCAGGUCUCUCUCGGUGCUUUAACUCAGACAAUGCGGUCCCUAACAGUCUGCGCGCUACCGCCACGCCUCUUAGGGACAGGCGCUGCCAACUCUCCGGCACGGCUCCUCCGCGUCCUUGGCAAUGACCUUUCCUCUCAGCGGGGGACUUUUUAAAUUCCUGCACAGCUUCACCAAACUGCUGUUAGAGCCGCAGGGAGAGGGCCGGAAUAGGCAGCGCGCCCGCCACCUCCCCCUCUCUCCCACCGCCGGGCGCGGCGCUCACGCAGCUCACCGGGGCCGCUGCCGGACGGACGCAGAGCGGCGCGGGGCUGCCUGGGAGGCCCGGCUCUGCCUGAAGCCCGUUCUGAUUGGGUGAUGGGAGAAACCGCGGCCGCUUAUUGGACGACUGGAAAGAUUCAAAAAGCCCGCGCUGCGAAAUCGGCUGGGAGCGCUGCCGCCGGACAGCUCCGCUCCGAAAGCGUCUGUUACAGCGCGCCCUCGCUCGUAUCGUUGUUCUCAGAUCUGCAGGGGUAAUCGUUCUCCUCUCAAAGCCAAAAUUUCAGCUCAGAGACACGGUAAGACCGAUUACGCAAAAAAAAUUAUUUGUUUA